AUGGCGCAGCAGAAUCCAAUGCCUCUGCUUUUGCCUAACUUCUCUCUCUCCUUCUUCUUGACGAUAUUGCUCUGUUUCUCUUCUUACUACGCAAGGACCAUUGAUCCUCGGUCUCUCGCGUCCAGAUCAGCUGCCGUCCGUUCGCGUCGCCUCCUCCUCCUCCAUUGUACCUUUUCUACCACCUCUUCCUUUCCGGUGAGAAGACGGUUUUCUUCUCCUCCGCCGCCACUCCUCAGAUCCCUCAAACUCAGAACUACCAACAAUAAUCACCAUCGCCACUUCGCCUUCUACACCGUGUUUGGCGAAUUAGCUGAAGGCUUGCUCAAAAUGACUGCACUGGAAGCAAUGGAAUAUUAUGACAAGAAAAUAGACUUGCCAUUGGAUAAGGUUCAUAAAGAGCUGAAAACAAAAAUGUUCAUAGUUCAAAUCAAGCCAGGCACUACUAAAGAAGGAAACAGUCAUAAACGCUACACUAUAGAGUAUUACUUCGAAGACACUUCAGAGAUCAAAUCCAUUGAAUAUCCUGAAGAAAAUAGUACUCAGCAUAAACACAUUGAAGAUAAGCAGCCAUCUUCACCAAAAGCAAGAAUUCGGUUGGAGGCUAGGUUUGAAGAAUCUGAAACUAAACAACAAAGGUUUUCAGACAUGAAUUCCAUUGAAUAUGCUAAAGAAAACAGCUCACAGAAUGUCUCCACUGCAACAAAUGCUACAGUUACCAUGAUUUCUCAAUCAGGCAAGGAGCAUUCUUCAUCAAAGCCAAAAAUGCUUCUUCAAACUGGUUCUCAGGAAUCUCUGGAUAAGCAGCAAGACGUUUUAGAUGUUGAUGGUUUUACUUCCAACAAGAAACCAAGAAAUAUAUGAGUUUACUCCAACACACCAUCGCUUUAUGCUUUAGCAUUCUGGUUUAAUCCUUUUGCUAAUGCUGUGUGCCAUUGACUUGUCUUUAGGAAUACUUUUCUGCAAUGGUUAUGUAUACAAAUUUCGUUUGCAAGGUCAUACUCUUAGACCGAAUUAUAGACUAUUUACUUUUAAUACUAUAUUGUAUUGGUUUCUGUUUGGAACU